AUGGCUAAAGGGUUACGUGAACAUGAAAUUUUUGAUUUAUUGUGUGAUGGUAAUGUAUCAGAAUUAGAUUUUUCGGACGAAGAAACGGAAGAUCAGUUCGAUAAUGAAGAACUGCAACGAUUAUUAAAUGAUUUUGAACAAUGGGAUGACCAAGACGAGCUGAAUGAAACAGAAAAAAUUCCAAAAAACAAUAUAGAUAAAUUUAUAAAAGUUCGUCCUUUAUACGAUGCAAUUAAUAAAAAAUGUAAUAGUUUGCCGGUUGAAAGAAGGUUAAGUGUUGAUGAACAAAUGGUUCCCUAUAAAGGACAUUUGCAAAUGAAGCAAUAUGUAAAAGGUAAACCCUGUCCGUGGGGUAUAAAAGCAUUUUUGCUAUGUGGUGAAAGUGGUAUGGUUUACAAUAUACUGCUUUAUCAAGGGGCUACCACCGAAUUAGAUACAAGUACACAAAAACAAUUUGGUCUAGGCGCUAGUGUAGUAUUACAUUUAACAAAACACCUUGAAAAAAAUAGGCAUUUCCUUUUUUUUGAUAAUUUUUUUUCAACGUUUAAUUUAUUUGAACAGUUGCAAGCCAACCAAAUAUACUCUGUUGGUACUAUUCGUACUAAUAGAUUCGCAAAUCCACCCUUAUUAACCGAUAAACAAUUAGCCAAAAUGGGAAGAGGUACAGCCUUUGAAAUUUCAACUAAUAUGGAAAAUUGCAAUUUAUGUAUGGUGAAAUGGUAUGAUACAAGGUCUGUUACCUUAGUUUCCAAUUAUAUAGGAUCCGGACAGUUGGACACUGUAAGACGUUGGGAUAAAAAAUUAAAAAUGUACGUCAAUAUUGAAAGGCCGGAAAUAAUAACAGCAUACAAUACAUCAAUGGGUGGUGUCGAUAAGGUAGACCAACUCAUCAGUUAUUAUCGAACAUUUAUACGUUCAAAAAAAUGGACACUACGAAUGAUUGUACAUGCUUUCGAUCUAAUAGUUGUUAACUGUUGGAUACAAUAUAAAAAAGACGCUGACCAUUAUAACGUAAAUAAAAAUAAAAGAAAAGAUCUGCUACAUUUCCGAAUGGCACUUGCGGAAAAUCUCAUAAAAGUAGGCCAAAAUGUACCAAUAAAACGUAGGGGAAGACCUCGUGCAGAUACAGGAGAUAAUAAUGAAGUUUCAACGAUACCCAAAGUACGAAAAGUCGAUUCCAGUCAGCCAACAGAUGAUGUGCGAAAAGAUAAAUUUGAUCAUUUUCCUGAGUUUGAUACAAAAGGCCACACUUCGAGAUGCAAAAAUCCUGGAUGUAAAAGAAAAACGCACAUAUUUUGCAUAAAAUGUAAUAUCCACUUAUGUCUUGAUGGUACAAGUAAUUGUUUUUAUAAUUUUCAUCAGUAA